AUGGACUUGACAUGGCGCCCAGGCCCGACGGAGGAGCAAGUGCCGGGGAGCAGAGACUUCCGGCGCGGUGGCGAGAGCACCGUCGCGACCGAGUGGACAGUCGCCAUCGUCGUCGAUCGGGCAGCCAUGCAAGUGGAGCCAGCUAGGACUCCAGGGCGCCAGCGCUCUGGCGAGGACGACCUGGGCCAAGAUCGCGCGCGCGACAUGGCCGAGCAGGUUGAGCAGCAGCCGGGCGGCGACGUAGAGAGCUUGAGUCGGGGGCUGAUGGCCCUCGGCCGCGAGAACGAGUUCGCGUGGCGCCUGUCGGCGGUGCAUUUCAGGAGGCGCAAGAACGCGGACGUUUCCGAGGUGUGCGGGGCCGGCGCGGCAUUGCGGAGGGCCGGGUUCCAUGGCCUCGCCGCGGGCGCGGCGUUCGACGCCAGGAACGGCCGCGGUCUGGGCGAGCCGGCGGGGCGCCGGCGGUUGCGGGCCACGGUGGAUCGGGAGAAGCUUAAGUUCCUCAUCGACCCCCCGAUGUGCAAGGCUUUCAGCCAGUUGCAGACGCUGCGCGCGCAGUGCAGGGGCCCAGUCAGGCACGCGAAGAUCGUGGCUGAGGGCAUCUCGCACCUGAAAUUAUGCGCGGCUAUUGGUGCUUGGAUCUGGGGCCUCGACAUCGCGAAGGCGCUGGAGCGCCUAGCAGGAGUGGCCUCGGUGGUGUGCCACCAAUGUGCGCACGGGGCCACGGCCGCAGGUGUCGCGGGCGAUGGGGGUCCGGGCCGGUGUCCAAGCCAAUCCGCCGGCUGUCAAAUGCAGCAGCGGUCUUGGAGGAGUUGUCCUUCAUCAUACAUGCCCGAGAUCAUCGGCAUGUUCAUCUUGCGGAUGGGCGAGCGGGCCCGAGGGAAGUCCUACCCUGAGCAGCUGGUGAAUGCGAUCCUGAGGGGUAUAAGGAAGCAGCUGCUGAAUGCGCAGGUUAUCAACAACUUGGAGAUGGGGCUCAAUUUCGACGAGCUGGAGGUGAAGGUCGAGCGGUCAUUCCAGCCGCGCGAGGGCUUCGAGCAUCGGGGCGAGCACGCAGGCUUGGCGCUGGACAGCGAGGUUCUCGACAAGGCGAUGACGGACGACUUGGUGCGCAUGGGGCACCUGGAAGUCUGGCGGCCGGCGAGCGUGGGCGCUCGCCGCCAGCCCGCGGGCCGCGAGCCGAUCCCCUCGAGGCGGGUCAACUGCAACAAGGCCGACGAUCCUCGCCCAGAGCUGCGCGUCAGGCUCGUGGUUCCGGCUUGCGGAGAUUCGUUCACGGCGGUGACUUUGACGGUUGGGCGAAGGUCACAGCGGGCGCGGUUCAAGGCGGUCAAGGCGAAAUUGCAUGGCGCUGUGAAGACAGGAACCAACCUGAUUGAUGCGAAGCCCCUGGCGCAGUACCUCGGCCUGGAAAUGUCCUUGCGCAUGCGUUUGGACAGCAGCUCGGCGCUCGCCGCGGUACCUGGCGGGUCCGAGGUCGAGCUGCUGGGGGUGAUGCAUCUCGCCGCGGAGCUGGCCAAGUCCGCGGAGCGGCUGAAGUCUGAACACGCGUGUGCUCCGAAGCCGUUUGUGCACAUGGAGAUCCACAAGGUCAAGCGCAACGCUACGGAGCGAGAGAAACGAGCGAACUCGUCAGGCAUGUGGGCAGGUUUUGGCUUCGAGGUUCUGGUCAUCUCCGUGGCCUGUUGCAAGCAUCCAGCUGGCCACGAUCGGCUAGAAGCGAGCGGCAAGAAGUGGGCGAACGCCAACGUGCUGCUGCCACGCGGACGGCAGCAGAGCAGCCUGGAGCUUGUCUGGACGAUUGUGGGGCCCAUUCAGACGCUGGGUGUUGAGGAGCGAGAGGCGAAGCGAAUGGGCGAAGCGAUGGCGGCGGUCCAGGCUCCCAGAGCCAAGGGGCGGGCUCAGGCCCCGAUGCCGAAGGCCGGCAACCCCGAGAAGGAGGCCAAGAAGGCCAAGAGGCGGACCCAGAACGAUUUUGACGUCGUCGCAUUCUUGAAGAAGGCGCUGGGUGGCAUCGCGGCCCUGGUGGCCGUGCUGCUCGGGGUUUCGCGGCUGUCGGGCAGAACCGCCGCUUCUGCCUCGCCGUCCCCCAUUUCAGGCAGACGGCUACCGCCGAUUCCAGCAGGUAUCCGGCCGGCGGGGUGUGCCAAUUCGCUGCUGAACGCCACCGGCACCAAGGAGUCGGUGUCGAUCAUCAUCCCGUACUACCACGAGGAGCUCUUCCGAAUAGAGAUCACUAUGCAGAGUAUCCUUCUACAUACGGACAUGAAUUUGGUCAAGGAGAUCAUGUGGAUCUCCGACGGCAACGGCCCUGCACAGAUCUUCAGGGAGGAGCUACUGGCCAUGCACCCGAAGGUUUCAGUGCACGUCAAUGUGGAGAACAAGGGUCUGAUCGUGACAAAGAUGGAGGCUGCCGCUCGCGCCAAGGGGUCCAUCUUGAUGUUCACCGAGCCCCACACCGUGGCCAACAAGCACUGGCUGGAGCCCCUGCUAGACAGGCUGGCGGAGGAGCCGAACGCGCUGGUGAUGCCCACGCUAGACGCUAUAAACGGCGACAUGACGAAUUAUCAUCAGAUGCAGUUCGGCCACUGGCGCUUCGAGUGGAACAUGAAUCUCGGAUUCACGAACCCGUGGCAAACGGAUAUGACCAAGGAGCUGGGUGCAAGGCCGUACCCGUCGCCUGCGACUUCUGGGGGGAUCUACGCCAUCCGAAAGGAGUGGUGGGACCACUUGGAGCUGUUCGACCCCGAGCUGAUCCGCUGGGGUGGAGAUCACAUCGAAGCAUCCCACAAGGUGUGGCGGUGUGGAGGCCGGGUGGAGAUGCAUCCCUGUUCCAGGUCGCCUUUGUGCCAGACGCGCGAGACGGAGAUUCAAUCGGCCAGUGGAGAAUGCUUGAUCCAGUUGCCUUCAGCUCGCCUGUUUGUAUAUAGCCGCAGCUGUGCGCUCACCCUGACGGCACCUACUUAGUUACGUAACGGCAGGUGCGGCGCAAUAUCCAAUAAGACGUAGAGGAGCCACCGAG